UUCCUAUUGCUUCGGAGAACAGACAGAAUCAUGGACAUGUGCAGAAGUGGAGGGGUUAAUAACGUCUCAAUGUGUCAGAAGUAGAGGGCUUAUCUACAGUGAAGAGAUACGACAUUCAAAUGAUUUUCACCAUGAAUGCACAUGAUGAUGGCAAAUCGCUUGGCUAAUGUCGACAUAAGAGAGCUUCAAGAACACAACCAGAGAGAAAGAGAGAGAUGCUAAAGAUAGGCAUUGGUCUGUUUUUAGUUAAGGAAAACAUCAAAGGCUAAGGUUCUCCAAUGCGUGACAACCUUUGGCUUUCUUUAAAAAAACAAAAGAACGAUUUCCUUUUCUGUAUCUCUGUAUCUGUAAUGGUCCUUUCCUUUUUCCUUCUUCCUUCGACCGUACGUCCAUGGUGGUGAUCUCCCUCUAGCUUCUUCCAUCACUGGCCCUUUCUUCGGCCAUUUCCCCCCCUCUUUUCUCCAGCUUCUCAGGCUUCAUCCGAGAAAUGGGUUGUGGAGCUUCAAGGCCUGAGACUGAAGAAGGAGGCAAUAAUGGAAGAGAAGGAGAGAUAUUCAAGAUGAUAACACGGGGAAGAUCGAUCCACGGAAGCGUUGUGGCUGAUAGCUUCACGUUGGACAAACAGUUUCUCGAGAAUCCUGGUGAACGUAACAGAGAUGGGUACGAAACGGAGGAGACGAAGAAGGAAGAAAAUGGAGGAGGAUCAUACGCUAUGGAUAUGCCUGAGAAUAGCAUUCUGCUGUGUCCUGGAUCUCCUAGCUUUCGCAUUUACUGCGCCGGCGAUGACGUCGAUGAUGACGACGAUGAUGAUGGCUUUCUUGGGCCCGUGUGUUAUCUGCGGCGGAACAAAUGCCAAUCCAACGAUAACAAGAAAGCGAGGAUCGCAAGAAUAGGAAAAGGAUUCAAGAAUGUGAGGAAGCUUCUGACACAUCCGGUGGCUUCCAGUGACAAACCUCCGGCUAGAGCUGGACAUUGAGAUAUGAAUGGAACCCGACAGUAUAUAGAAGAAGAGAUUCAUAUAUAGAGAUCGAGAAGAUUACGUAAAUUUUCUCAAAUCACUCUCGAUAUUCUCAUAAUCCAUGCAUGCAUGCAAUCUCCAGGUUAUAGAUUUCACGCGAUGAUCUAUUUGAUCUUGUCAAUUGUUACCAACACUGCCGUCACUAGUAGUAGACAAAGGUUAACUUGGGGUUCUUAUGACAAGGAAAAUACCGUAGCUAGGCUAUAGUUAUGCGUACGAUGAUGUUGCCAUUGUCGCGAUGGCCCGUUAUUAUGCGUACGAUGAUGUUGCCAUU